UCGUUGCGUUACAUUACUAAACAAACUAGAUCGUCGCCAUUUUAUUUUCCUAUUAUCUCGUCACUCGCUUGUGGUCGUGGGACAACGAUGACGACAACUACUCGACGACGGUAAACUCUGAUUGUGAGGCAGGCGGGCGGUUUUUUUUUUUCCCCCGACUAUCAAAUAGUUCCCGUAAAUGUUUGGCAGAGACAAACUGCCUUGGGAGUAAUAAUAUCGGAGCGAAUGUAAUCUUCUUAUCAAUCAACGGUUCUCUGUCGCUCCUGCCAGUCGGAAUACCCACACAGCUCGAGUAAUGGCCAAGAAUCGAAAGGACAUGGACAAUUCAGAUUAUUCUUUGAAAUGGAAUAAUUUCACCUCUAAUUUAACUUGUGGUUUCCUAUCGCAUCUCAGCGAUCACGAACUAGUCGAUGUAACGCUUGCUGUCGAAGGAAAACUCCUGCAAGCUCACAAGCUUGUGUUAUCAGUUUGCAGCCCGUACUUCAAAGAAAUAUUCAAGGCAAACCCAUGCACUCAUCCCGUCGUUGUCUUAAAGGACAUGGGCUACUCGCAAGUAGAGGCUUUGUUGAAGUUUAUGUACAAAGGUGAAGUGAACGUUAGUCAUAACGAACUAGCCUCGUUCUUAAAAAUCGCCGAAGCACUCAAGAUAAAGGGUCUAGCCGGCGACCAGAAUAGCCACAGUGAUUCACCGAUAGAGAGCGACACGGCUCUUCCUCCUUCCGAACUUAUCGAAGAAGUAGACUUCGAUGUGGCUACUUGUUCUAAUCCCAAUACCAGUGAAACGUGUUCGAAAACUGUAGAAGGAAAUAGGCCUGUAAAAAGGCCACGAGAAUCAAUGAGGUCUCGUUCGUUGACCCCCAAAAGAAACAGAACCUCACCCCCAGCUUUGAAAGAAAUGGAAUAUAUGAAAGAGAGUCCACAUAGUAUUAAAGCAAAAUCUGAACCAGAAGAUUUCGACGUAACAGACGAGCCAUAUUUUCUAGAUCAACCGCUAGAGCAGUAUUUAAACUCUCAAAAUGACGCAGAGAAAGGUUUUCUCGAUGGAGGUGGCAGUGAGCUAACUGAGCAACCAUCUAUGAAUAGUCCAAUGUCUUCGGCAUGUUCACAAGGUGGAGAAGGUGUCCAAGAACAGAAUGGUAGAGCACUGCGACGGCUUCACUUGAAUGGGUUUAUCUACCAUGCAGCCUACAGUAUUAACAGAGGUCCUGGAAUUAGAACCUAUUGGAGGUGCCAAGACAACUAUAAAGGGAAAUGCAGAGCUCGUUGCAUUUCGGAAGAUAACUUAAUAUUAAGAAUCAACGGAACGCACAAUCAUGAUAGACGCAUAUCGGAAUAUUCUUGUUUUUUUUUCUCCUCCGGCAAGAGGAUUGAAGCUAACGUAUCGUAUUGUUUACCAAUUGCCUCAAAUAUGUAACACUUUGUUACUUUUUGUCAGCAAUACUAGGGCGCUGGCCUUGUGCAAAGACCAGUUCCUACGCAUCUACAAUAUUUUAUUACUUAUCAUUUAUACUAUGGGAAGUAUCACGAAUCAAAGAUCGCCAGUGUAUUCAAGUCCAAAUGGUACUAUUUACAAAAUCUGACUGAUUACUAAUGGUAUUGUAAAUAAUAUACUUUAUAUUAUUAUUAAACAACUUGCGGUAUCAUAUCUUUUUUCUAUGCAAAAGUUUUGUUAUCUUUUAAACUCCGUCAACGCACGUUAUAAGUACACGCUACAGGGUUGGUAGUAACUUGCUGCAAAUUUUAGAACGUUAUAUUUCUAUAAAAUCGAAAUUUGGAUCAUUUUUUUUUUUUACAUUUCCAGUAAUGCAGCAGGUGUAAUUGUAGUUCGUUCCGAGAGUUCACACUUUAGUUUUCACUACAUCAUUUUAACAAUUUUCUUUUGUUGAGAAUAAUACCUACGUUUUAACUAAAUCUCAUCAAUAUUCAACAACGAAUUCAUUCACUAACCAAUUUGUCUUAGAUUCACUCAGAUUACUCAUCGACUACCAGCCUUGACAUUAGCUGCUUGACAUGUCUCACUGUCCCGUACUUGUAAGUUAAGUUUAAGCCGGUAAGCCAAUUGCAUAUAAGAUUGAAACCCCUGACAGAAACAUUGCAUUAUUCAGAGUAUGAGAUCGGAAGAGGAUAGCUUGGCUGAAACUGAAAAUUGUAGAGAACAAUGUUUACAAUAAUAUAUCUCAGGUGUUAAAAAUAUGAU